GUAAUUGGCGCCAAGAUGGCGAUGGAGAUGAGGCUUCCUGUUGCUCGUAAGCCUGUUAAUGAGACUCUGGGAAACGAGACCAAAAAACAUUUGGUAGUGCCGGGGGACACGAUCACUACAGACACGGGUUUCAUGCGGGGCCAUGGAACCUAUAUGGGGGAAGAGAAACUCAUAGCCUCUGUGGCUGGCUCUGUGGAAAGAGUAAACAAGUUGAUUUGUGUGAAAGCUUUGAAAACCAGGUAUAAUGGUGAAGUUGGAGACAUUGUAGUGGGAAGAAUCACAGAGGUUCAGCAAAAGAGGUGGAAGGUGGAGACCAACUCCAGGCUGGAUUCAGUCUUGCUUCUUUCAUCCAUGAAUCUUCCUGGAGGAGAGCUGAGGAGAAGAUCUGCAGAAGAUGAACUUGCAAUGAGAGGCUUCUUGCAGGAGGGGGACCUUAUCAGUGCUGAGGUCCAGGCAGUGUUCUCUGAUGGAGCUGUUUCUCUUCACACAAGGAGUCUAAAGUAUGGAAAACUAGGCCAGGGUGUUUUGGUCCAGGUUUCUCCCUCCCUGGUAAAACGGCAGAAGACUCACUUCCAUGACUUGCCAUGUGGUGCCUCAGUUAUUCUGGGUAACAAUGGCUUCAUUUGGAUCUACCCAACACCUGAGCACAAAGAUGAGGAGGCAGGGGGCUUCAUUGCAAACAUGGAGCCUGUCUCACUUGCUGAUCGAGAGGUGAUAUCACGGCUUCGGAACUGCAUAGUGUUGAUGGUAAAUCAGAAGAUGAUGCUGUAUGAUACCAGUAUCCUGUACUGCUAUGAAGUGUCCCUCCCACAUCAGAUCAAAGAUAUCUUAAAGCCAAAGAUAAUGGAAGAAAUUGUGAUGGAAACACGCCAGAGGCUGUUAGAACAGGAAGGAUAA